CCUUUAAGGCUGAUUUCCACUAGGCGAAUUCUUUCGCGCGAAUCGAAUUUUUGCCAAUGUGAGCAUGCGUGGUGUCAUGUUCUCAGAUUUCGCAGCGAAAAAAUUCGAUUCGCAGAAAGUAGAUCACGGUCCUACUCUAUCGCUACGAAUAUUUAUUCGAUUCGCGCGAAAGAAUUCGCCUAGUGGGAAUCGGCCUUAAAGUUCCGUCCCAGACCUCUGAUGAGCGAUGAACCUGUUCGACAAACCGGAUUGUCUGGUUUUAAAAGGUCUUGGUCUGACCUGGGUUGGACCUAGACACCAAAAGAAAACAUGGCUCAGAUUCUAGCAACAUGCCGCCGCUUCAUUUCUCGAUCAGCAAUUUACAGAGCUUGCUCAUCGCAAGUUUCACAAAAUGCAGAUGCUGGGGUGCCUUAUAAGAAGACUUUGAAAAAUGAAAAUUCAAAGGCUCCAGAUUUUGUACCAGAACAUGCUGAUGUAGUGGUGAUUGGUGGUGGAUCUCUUGGUGCUAGCACACUCUAUCAUUUGGCAAAAUAUGGGGUGAAAAAUGCAGUUUUGCUGGAAAAAGAUCAACUUACAGCAGGCACUACAUGGCACAGUGCAGGGCUUGUGUGGAGGCUAAGGCCUUCAGAUAUUGAGGCAGAAUUGUUGAAUUAUACUCGUAUUCUUGGAAGAAAUACCUUGGAAGAGGAAACUGGAGUUGCAGCAGGAUUCAAUGAAAAUGGUGGAUUGUUCAUUGCAAAUAAUAAAGAGCGUCUUGAUGAGUAUAAAAGACUGAUGACACUUGGAAAGGUGUAUGGGGUAGAGUCCUAUGUUCUUUCGCCUGGAGAAACAAAAAAACUAUAUCCUCUCAUGAAUGUUGAUGACAUGUAUGGAUCUCUAUAUAGUCCAGGAGAUGGAACACUGGAUCCUGCCAGCUGGGUAGCAGCACUGUCUCGUGCUGCAACAAAACGAGGUGCAAAGAUCUUUGAAAACUGCCCUGUAACUGGAAUAAAGACAAAAAUUGAUGAUAUGGGCAGCAGAUGCAUAACAGAAGUUGAAACAUCAGUUGGUAAUAUAAAAACUAAUUGCAUUGUCAACUGUGGUGGUGUAUGGGCCCCAACUGUUGGUAAACUUUGUGGUGUCACAGUGCCACUUGUUGCCAUGUACCAUGCAUAUGUUGUUACAGAAAAGAUUGAAGGUAUCAAAAAUAUGCCAAAUGUUAGGGAUCAUGAUGCCUCAGUAUACCUACGUUUGCAAGGAGAUGCAUUGUCUGUUGGAGGGUAUGAGCCAAACCCAGUAUUUUGGGAAAAGGUUCGAAAUGACUUUGCAUUUUCACUGUUUGAUUUGGAUUGGGAUGUUUUCGCUGUCCACAUAGAAGGAGCCUGUAACCGAGUGCCAGCUAUUGGGGAGACUGGUAUCAAGUCUACAGUUUGUGGCCCAGAAUCAUUCACUGCGGAUCACAAACCCCUGAUGGGUCCAGAUCCAGAUGUUAGAGGGUACUUCCACGGCUGUGGAUUCAACUCUAGUGGCAUCAUGCUUGGAGGUGGCUGCGGUAAUGAACUUGCUAAGUGGAUCGUCAAAGGGCAUCCUGAUCUUGACAUGUUUGGUUAUGACAUUCGAAGGUUUCACAAGUCAUUGACUUCCAACCAGCAAUGGGUGAAGGAGCGAAGCCAUGAAUCGUAUGCAAAGAACUAUUCUAUGGUCUUCCCUAACGACGAACCAUUGGCUGCAAGGAACAUGAGGAAGGACCCAUUUCACAAAGUAUUGCUCGAGAAAGGCUGCUUUUAUCAAGAAAGACAUGGUUGGGAGAGGCCUGGCUGGUUUUACAAGGAAGGUUCUGCAGAGCUGUUGCCAUACGAUUAUUACGGCAGCUACGGUUUCGAUAAACAUGAAAACUAUAUAUACAACAAAUUGCUUGGACAAGAUUACACGUUUGAUUUUCCAAAGCAUUUUGACACAAUUGGUGAAGAAUGUAUAGCUUGUCGCAAUAAUGUUGCUGCCUUUAAUAUGUCCUAUUUCGCUAAAUUUUUUCUAAGUGGGCCAGAUGCACAAAAGGCCGUGGAUUGGAUCUUUACUGCCAAUAUGCAAAAACCUCCAGGUAACACAACCUACACCUGCAUGCUUAACCAAAAUGGAGGCAUUGCUGCAGAUUUGACAGUCUCAGUGCUUGGAGAAGGAGAUGGAUCCAAUGUCAUGGACCCAAAAGAGCCCGGAUUCUACUUAGCAAUAGGAGGAGCUAUUGGACAACAUGCUUGGGGACACAUUCAGGAUAUUCUCCACGACAAGAAGUUUAAUUGCACCCUUACGGAUCGUUCUGAGGAUAUUGGUAUGCUCAGUGUGCAGGGCCCGAAAAGUCGUCAGUUGCUUGAAGAGCUAAGCGGCGAAGACCUGAGCAAUGAGAACUUUCCCUUUUCAACCCAUAAAACCAUAAUGAUCGCUGGCCACAAGCUAAGAGCAUUACGACUCACAUUUGUUGGCGAGCUUGGCUGGGAAUUGCAUAUUCCAAAAGAGUCUUGUGUUCCAGUUUAUGAAGCUGUCUUCAAGCAUGGAAAACAGUUUGGCAUUAGAGAUGGAGGGUAUCGUGCAAUUGACUGCCUUAGUAUCGAAAAAGGAUACCGCCACUGGCAUGCAGACAUCAGGGAUGACGACACACCACUGGAGGCAGUGUUGGGCUUUACUUGCAAACUGAAGUCAGAUACACCUUUUUAUGGAAGAGAAGUACUAGAGAAGCAGAAAAAAGAUGGCUUAAUGAAGAAGUUAGCUUGUUUUACAAUCGACGACCACAAAGCACUACUAGGUCUGGAGGCUAUCUAUCGCAACAAUGAAAUAGUUGGCUUUGUAAGAAGAGCUGGUUAUGGCUAUCAUAUAGGUAAAAGCAUUGCAUACGGCUAUGUUUCAGACCCUUCGGGAGAGCCAGUGACAAAUGACUUCAUCAAAGGCGGUAAAUACCAAAUCGAAUCAAUGGGGACAACAUUUGAUGCAAAAGUUCAUAUCAAGACCCCGUUUGACCCUAAAAAUGAAAGAAUCAAAGGAAUCUAUGCAGCCGGGGCCCAAGGAAUUGCCGCUGGUAUAAAUAUCAUCUAUGACGUGGCUUAUUAAAAAAGGACUGUUCAAAAAUCAUUCAAUCCAGUAAAAGCAGAACUAUCUUUUGUGGUGUAUUUUCUAUGUUGUUUACAUGUUUUUGAAUACAGUAACCAGUUUUUACAAUAUCUUAAAUUGACUUGUACUCAGGGACCGCGGAAGGGGGCUGAGGGGGCUAUAGCCCCCCAAAAUUUCCAAACUGUGCUUAAAACCAUGCAAAAAGUCGCCCUUGUCCUGAUUUUGGGCAUGUUUAGCCCCCAAAACGUUUUAGCCCCCUCAAUCCUUAAUAUGCUCCGCUUUCCUUGUGUACUUGGUGCAUUUUAAGUCAGCAUAGCAAUGUAGAAUAAUAUAAGUAUGCAUUUAUAAAUACAUAUUAUUUGAUAAGUAUUUGUGAUGCAAUUAAAUAAUAUAUUAAUGUGCCGGGGUGCAUCUUGGUUGUAGAAAAUAUUUGUGUAUGUGGAUAGAAAUAUAAUGUAAUUUGUAUGUUA